CUUUUCAACUCGCCUCCCUUUGUUUUAUUUAUGAAGAGUACAUGUGCCUUUAAUGAUUGGGUUGAAGCUUUGAACUUGUGCAUUUGUCGAUUCCUAAUCUAUCUUGCCAUUGCUAGUUUAAUUGAUCCGAGUUUUCCCUUUUAUGGAUAAGUUUUGGUGGCCUUAUUGAGGAUCCAGUGGAAUGGGAUUCCAAGUUACUGAGAACUUGCUGGAUUGCCUAUUUAUUUAUUUUGGAAUUUUAUCGCUCAACUUGUUAAAUGAGCUUGUGAAGAUGGCUCUUUUGGCUAUUUCAGAUUUUUUGAUUCCAUAUCUGGUAUCUGCUGUUUAUUUUUGGUUUAGAUUGAUUACCUCUAGGUUUGAGUAAAUUGUGUGUGGAAUUGGAUCAGAGGCUGAGCUGAAGAGAAAGAAAAGGAGGUAUUUAUUUAUUUAAAGAAGAGGGAAAAUGGCUGCCUUCGUCAAUCUAGAAGAUUCUCCAAUGUUCCAUAAGGAGAUAUGUUCUCUUGAAUAUCUAGCCGAGGAGUUGAAUGAUCGCUGUCAACAACUAUACAAAGGGUGUAAGAAGUUUAUGGUAGCUCUUGGAGAUGCAUGUAGUGCAGACAACACUUUUGCUGAUUCCUUGGAAGCAUUUGGUGGUGGACAAGAUGACCCUGUUAGUGUAUCUAUCGGAGGUCCUGUCUUAACCAAGUUCAUCAAUGCAUUUCGUGAGCUUGCUACUUACAAAGACCUUCUCAGUUCUCAAGUAGAGCACGUAUUAAUUGAUCGACUUGUACACUUUAUGGACGUUGAUCUAAAAGAUGCUAAGGAGUCUCGCAAACGCUUUGACAAAGCUUUUUAUGCUUAUGAUCAGUCACGUGAAAAGUUUGCAUCUUUGAAGAAAAAUACUCGUGGAGAUAUUAUUGAAGAACAAGAAGAGGGUUUGAAGAAUUCCAAGUCUGCAUUUGAGCGAAGCCGCUUUAAUCUAGUUAGCGCACUCAUGAACAUUGAAACAAAAAAGAAGUACGAGUUCUUGGAAUCUAUAAGUGCAAUUAUGGAUGCUCAUCUGAGAUAUUUUAAGCUGGGGUAUGACUUAUUUAGCCAAAUGGAGCCAUUUAUUCACCAGGUAUUAACAUAUGCACAACAAACAAAAGAGCUAUCCAAUGUUGAGCAAGAUAAACUUGCAAAACGAAUUCAGGAAUUCAGGACCCAAGCCGAGUUCAACAGUAAUCUUGCUUCUAGCGAUUUAGAACCCUCGACCAGUGCUGAUGGCAUUCGUGUUGUUGGUAUGACCUCUAAUAAAAGCAUAGAAGCUAUUAUGCAGUCCGCUGCAAAUGGAGAAAUCUCGCCUAUCAAACAAGGAUAUCUGCUAAAGCGAUCUUCUAGUUCGAGGGGAGACUGGAAGAGAAGGUUCUUUGUUCUAGACAGUCAAGGAAGUUUGUACUAUUACAGAAAUAAGGGCACCAAAAAUAUGAGCUUCCAUCAUCUCUCAACUGCCUCAGUUGAACACAAUACUGGCGUCUUUGCUAGAUUUCGUUCAAGGCACAACAGGGCAUCAUCAAUUGGUGAAGGAAGUCUAGGUUGCCAUAUUAUUGAUCUUCGCACUUCAACAAUAAAGAUGGACGCAGAAGACACAGAUUUGCGACUAUGCUUCAGAAUAAUUUCCCCAUUGAAAAUGUACACAUUGCAGGCUGAAAAUGGAGCAGAUAGAAUGGAUUGGGUAAACAAAAUUACAGGAGUAAUUGCAUCUCUUUUUAACAUUCAUUUCCUGCAACAGCCACAUCCAAAAAUGAAAAAUCUGGAACAUAAUGUGAUCACGAGUGGUGCUGCAUGUGCAGUUGAACUAAAUAAUCAUCAACAUCUUGAAGCUGACAUGAACAUUAAUAAAGCUGAUUGUGCUUCUUUGGUUCUUAGAGAAAUUCCGGGAAAUGAUGUUUGUGCUGAGUGCAGUGCUCCUGAACCUGACUGGGCAUCUCUUAAUCUUGGUAUUUUGUUGUGCAUCGAGUGCUCUGGUGUUCAUCGGAAUCUUGGCGUUCAUAUUUCUAAGGUGAGAUCUUUAACAUUGGAUGUCAAGGUUUGGGAACCUACAGUCUUGGACUUGUUCCACUCACUUGGUAAUGCUUAUUGCAACUCCAUAUGGGAAGGAUUGCUUUGGGUGAAGAAUGAAAGAGUGGAUGAAUCAAAUGUUAUUGCAUCAUCAAUUGAAAAACCGGGUCCGAGAGAUGCCAUCUGCUCUAAAGAGAAGCAUAUUCACGCAAAGUAUGUGGAAAAAUUGCUAGUCAUCAGAGAAGCAAGUGUAUCUGGUAUUUUCCCUUGCAAGUCAGGCAUAUGGCAAGCUGUCAAGACAAAUAAUUUGCGAGAAGUAUAUCGCUAUAUUGUGAUUUCAGACAUAAACAUUAUUAAUACCACAUUUGAUGAAGUUGUUGGCAUUGGAUCAUUUCACCAUGACAUCGAGACACAAAAUUCUGAGGUCAGUUCUCAUGCAGCAGAAACGAAACACUAUGAUCCAGAAAGCUGCCAGAGAAUCAAUGAUUCCAAGGAUCCAGGAAAUUGUCUUCAAGGUUGUUCAUUGUUGCAUCUAGCAUGCCACUAUGGUGAUGAAGUAAUGCUUGAACUGUUGCUGCAGUUUGGUGCUGAGGUGAACUUGCGUGAUUUCCAUGGAAGAACUCCUUUGCACCACUGCAUUUCUAAAAGGGACUAUGCAAUGGCAAAGUUUCUGCUUCGAAGAGGUGCCUCCCCAACAAUAAAAGAUGGCGGCGGACUAAGUGUACUGGAAAGGGCAAUGGAGAUGGGAGCCAUAACAGAUGAGGAAUUAUUUGUCAUGCUAGCUGAUAGGCAGUGAAAUGGACAAAUUGAAUGAUUAACCUGUUGAGCGGCUCUUAUGCGGGUCGCCCAUCACAAUCAUCUUGAAGAAAACCUGUUACUUGUCUCAAUCAGUUGAAAAUUAGGAAAUUUUUAAGUUAUCACAUCGUUUGCCAAUAUGUGAUUAGCGUUUAUCAAAAUUUGUAUCUCAUUUUGUAAAAUGAAUUCUGGGGUUGAUUGUCAUUAUUCUGCUUGCAUGAAUUCAUCACACUGAAGUUCAGAUGAAACAGAUAAACUUGUUUUCCUUGCCUUCUGUAAAAUAACAAUUCUUUUCCAGGUUACACUGAAAA